UCCCCGAAGGUAGAGGGUUCCGGCGAGCUUGCGGGAUGAGCGGGUCCCUGGGCCGGGCGGCGGCGGCGGCUCUGCUUCGCUGGGGGCGUGGCGUGGGCAGCGGCGGCCUGCGGGGUCCGGGAGUGCGGGCGGCGGGCUCGGGGGGCGGCGGGGCCUCGGCGGAGCAGCUGGACGCGCUGGUGAAGAAGGACAAGGUGGUGGUCUUCCUCAAGGGCACACCGGAGCAGCCCCAGUGUGGCUUCAGCAACGCGGUGGUGCAGAUCCUUCGGCUGCACGGAGUCCGGGACUACGCAGCCUACAACGUUCUGGACGACCCCCAGCUCCGGCAAGGGGUCAAAGACUACUCCAACUGGCCCACCAUCCCGCAGGUGUACCUCAACGGCGAGUUCGUGGGCGGCUGCGACAUCCUGCUGCAGAUGCACCAGAACGGGGACCUGGUGGAAGAACUGAAAAAGCUGGGUAUCCGCUCCGCCCUUCUAGACGAAACGGAAGACCAGAACUCAAAGUGAGGGCGGCGCCCUCGCUGCCCGGAGAAGCCUUCCCGAGUCUGCUCUCCCUGCUCAGGCGGCUGCUCGCGCUCCAGCGUGUGAGCAGCCGGUGGUUUUAGUGUGUCUGGGGUCUGGGCUAAGAAGAGUCUGUUGUGAAUUUAAUUAUAACCACUGCACUGUAAUAAUUCAAGGUCAUAUUAUCAUCUUGUAAACAGAAUUUGUUCUCAUUCGCUCUUUGCCUGAUUCAGGAGUAAAGCUAGGAGCUUUUGAAUCGUGAUUAUUAUUCAGGAGUCCUCUGCCAAUGUGUCAAUCUGCAAAGAUCAUAUCUCCCCCCAGAUUUUUUGUAACUUGUUCUGUUAAGAAAAAUGAUGGACAAGGAAGAGAACGUGAUAACUGGGGUGUUGUUUUUUAAAAUAAACUGCCAGGGAUACA